GUCCUCAGUUUCUCACUUUCGGGUCUGGAAAAAAAAAAGAGAGCGAGUUAAGACUUAGUAGUAGUUCCGUCAAAAUUAAACCUUUCUUCUCCCCGAUUUCAUCUCAUCACCUUCUCUUCCGGUAACCCAAAACGGAAAACCUUCUUUUUCUUCUUCUUCUCUCCGCCUCGAUGCUGUUACUUUAAAGAAUUAGUUUUUUUUGUUUGAAAAUUUGCGCUUACUGUCAACAAAAAUGGCGCAAAAAGUUCAACAACAGCUCCGAGAAGUUGGAUCCAAGCUUGAAACUCCUCCUACUGAUAAAGAUGCUUUGAUUGAGCUACUAGAGCAAGCUGUAGUUUGCCUUUCUAAGCUGGAUCAGUCUCCCUCGGCAUUGGUAUUAGAUUCGAUGCAGCCUUGUCUUAAUGCAAUGGUGAAGUCAGACCUACUGAAGCAUCAAGAUGGGGAUGUGAAGCUUCUUGUGGCGACCUGCCUUUGUGAGAUAACUCGAAUUACCGCUCCGGAAGCUCCUUACAGUGAUGAUAUUUUAAGGGAUAUAUUCAUCUUAAUUGUAGGCACCUUUCAUGGAUUAAGUGAUACCAGUGGUCCAUCUUUUGGAAGGAGAGUUGUUAUUUUGGAGACUCUCGCAAAAUAUAGAUCAUGCGUUGUGAUGCUAGAUCUCGAAUGUGACGAUCUAGUGAAUGAAAUGUUCAGUACAUUUUUUGCUGUUGCAAGUGACGAUCAUUCAGAAAGUGUUUUAACAUCAAUGCAAACGAUCAUGGUACUUCUUUUGGAUGAGAGUGAAGAUAUUCCAGAGAAUCUGUUAAUUAUCUUAUUAUCGGUUCUAGGUCGAGGGAAUAAUGAUGUUUCUACGGCUGCACGGAGGGUCGGUAUGAAAGUAAUAGAGCUUUGUGCAGUAAAACUUGAACCUUGCAUUAAACAACUGCUGGUACCAUUAAUGUCUGGAGAUGGAACUUCUUCAACCAGUAAUUUUGAUUAUCACGAAGUUAUCUAUGACAUUUAUCGCUGUGCUCCUCAAAUACUCUCUGGGAUCAUCCCGCAUCUAACAGGAGAACUUUUGACAGAUCAGUUGGCUAUUCGUCUAAAAGCGGUGAAGCUACUUGGAGAUUUAUUUGCUCUGCCUGAUUAUCCAAUAUCUGAAGCAUUUCAGCCAUUAUUCUCUGAGUUUUUGAAAAGGUUGACAGAUAAAGUCGUUGAGGUUCGAGUUGCUGUCGUUGAACACAUAAAAAGUUGUUUGUUGUCAAAUCCAACUCGACCUGAAGCUGAUCAAAUUAUAUCUUCUCUCUGUGAUCGGUUGUUAGACUAUGACGAGUGUGUCAGGAAACAGGUUGUUACCGCACUUUGUGACAUAGCAUGUCAUAAUUUGAAAUCCAUUCCAGUUCAAAGUGCAAAACUCGUUGCAGAGCGCCUUCGAGACAAAUCCCUGCUCGUCAAAAAGUAUACUAUGGAUAGGCUAGCUGAAAUAUACAGACUUUAUUGCUUUAAGUGUUCAGACGGGUCAAUGAACUGCAAUGAAUAUGAUUGGAUCCCUGCGAAGAUAGUGAGAUGCUCCUAUGACAAAGAUUUCAGGUCAGAAACAAUUGAAAUGGUUCUGUGUGAAUCCUUGUUCCCUGGUGAUUUUUCAGUCAGAGAUAAGGUGAAAAAUUGGGUUAAAGUCUUCUCUGGAUUUGACAAAUUUGAGGUUAAAGCACUUGAAAAGAUUAUGGAGCAGAAGCAGAGGUUACAGCAAGAAAUGCAGAAGUAUCUGUCCCUCAGACAGAUGUAUCAGGAUGGAGAUGCCACUGAGCUUGAAAAGAAAACUUCGCCUCUAUUUCGGUUCAUGUCGCGUGGGUUUAUUGAUCCUGCAAAAGCUGAGGAGGGAUUUAAGGUUCUUGAUCAAUUACAAGAUGCUAAUAUGUGGAAAACUUUAAUGAACCUUACUGAUCCUAACACCACCUUUCAGCAAUCUUGCUUGUGCCGGGAUGACUUGCUUAGAAUAUUUGGUGAAGAACACAAGCUUCAUGACUUUAUGAGUGCCCUCUCAGUGAAGUGUUCUUUUUUACUGUUCAACAAAGAAUAUGUGAAGGAACUCAUAUCGGAGGCUACCACACAAGUGUCUGCAGGAGAUGCGCAACUCACUCACUCACGCAUUGAUCUACUUGUGAUGGUUGCACGAUUCUUUCCGUCACUUCUAAGUGGGACUGAAGAAGACCUUGUAAAUCUUCUUAAAGAGGACAAUGAAAUAAUUAAAGAAGGUAUUUUGCAUGUUUUGGCGAAGGCUGGUGGAUCCAUCCGGGAACAACUUGCCUUGACUUCUAGUUCAGUAGACCUCAUAUUAGAGAGGCUGUGUUUGGAGGGUAGCCGCAGGCAAGCUAAGUAUGCUGUGCACGCUCUAGCAGCAAUUGCAAAAGAUGAUGGGCUGAUGUCGCUCUCUGUUCUCUACAAGAGACUCGUUGAUAUGCUGGAGGAGAAAACACAUUUACCUGCCAUAUUACAAUCCCUUGGAUGUAUUGCACAGAGUGCAAUGCCAGUUUUUGAAACUAGAGAGAAAGAAGUUGUAGGCUUUAUUACUAGCAAGAUUCUGGAGUGCAGCAGUGCAGCAGAUGCUGUUAAUGGAUCCCUUUGGGAUGAGAGAAGCGAACUUUGUUCACUGAAGAUUUAUGGUAUUAAGACGUUGGUGAAGAGCUACUUGCCUGAGAAGGAUGCUCAUCUGCGACUCGGGUUUGAUAAUCUUUUGGGAAUCCUUAAAAAUGUCCUUACCAUUGGCGAAAUUUCUAAAGAUAUAAGAUCAAGUGAUGUUGAAAAGGCCCAUAUGAAGCUUGCUUCGUCAAAAGCGGUUCUGCGCCUGUCCAAGCACUGGGAUCACAAAAUACCUACCGACAUUUUCCACUUAACUAUAAGAACGUCAGAGGUUAUGUACCCUGAAGCUAAGGGAUUGUUCUUGGGGAAGGUGCAUCAGUACAUCAAAGACCGAGUACUGGACCCAAAAUAUGCUUGUGCCUUUUUAUUUGGCAUUUCUGGUUGCCAACUUUCAGAGUUUAAAGAUAAUAAACACAACUUGACUGAAAUUAUCCAGAUGUGUCACCAAACAAGGGCACGCCAACUUCCCAUCCUAUGUGAUGCAAGCCCACUCAUGACGUAUCCAGAAUACAUUCUUCCGUACUUAGUCCAUGCACUUGCUCAUCAUUCUUCUUGUCCUAAUAUUGAUGAAUGCUCAGAUGUUGAAGCAUUUGAAACCAUAUACAGAGAAUUGCAUUUAUUUCUUUCUGUGGUGGUGCAUGGAGACGAAGAUGUGAAAUCAGAGGAUUCUGUGAAAAAGAAAAAGGAAAGUCUUUCUACAUUGAUUGCUAUCUUUGAGAGUAUCAAGUGCUCGGAAGAUGUACUUGAUGUAAAGAAGUCAAUUAAUUCUCACGCAAUAUGUGACCUUGGAUUGUCAAUUAUCAAACGCCUGUCUCUAAAGCAGGAUGCAGUGGCCGAGUCCGUAAAGUCAGCUCCAUUACCUGCAGCACUGUACAAACCAUGUGAGAAGAAACUGGAGGCUGAGUAUCUGGCUAAAGAAGGGAAUACCUGGUUGGCUGGUGAUAGUGUGUUUGCUCAUUUUGAAUCACUCAAGUUGGAACCUGAUGAAAUGGGUACAGAAAUUAACGAGGGUGAGGAUGAACUCGACGCCGUUGACAAAGAUGGGAAUGAAAUAUCUUUACGGAAGGUGAUGAAAAGUUUGAAAUCUAAGGGAACCAGGACCAGGAAAGUAAGGAAGAAGAAGGUUCUAACUGGUGAAACUAAAAAACAGGACCACAGCGAUGAUAUUCUUGGAAUGGUAAGAGAAAUAAAUCUGGAUACUUCGGGGAGAUCUCUAAAUGCGGACUCUGGGAACAUUUCAAGUGAAGAAGAGAACAAACAAGUUAAUGGUGUCAAAAUUCCUGAUUCUGGAAAAAGGAAAAGGGGAAAAGUUGGCCAAACGACAUCUGUGGCAGCACCGAAAUGCAGAAUAUAUUCUUCUGGUAAGGGUGCUAACAAAUCCUCUCGCUCGAGGAGCACUAAAAAGGGUUCGAGAAAAGCUUCUGUAGAUGAUUCACAUAACGCGGGCACUCGCUCCUUGCAAUAUCAUACGUCAGAUGGGGAGGCUGACUCUGGUUCUGAUGAUAAAAUGCCCGACUUGAAGGAAAAGGUGAAACCGAAGACUUCGGAUUUGCUAUCAUCAUGCUUACCAUCUAGAUUAAGCAGAGGGUUUCCAUCAAAACCUAAGGGCAACGGGUCCAAUAAAGGUUUGAAAAAGGCGGCAGAUAUUACUGGUGAAACUGAUGACGUUGAGAUGGAUAACUCCUAUGAGCUGGCGGGAAGAAACAACCCAAUUAGCACUGCCAAAUCAUCCAUGAAUUCUGACAGGAAUCUUAAAAGAAAUGUCACAGGGCUGGCCAAGUGUUCGCUGAAGGAUGCAAAUAUUCAGAGCUCAGAGAUGAUUGGCUGCAGAAUAAAAGUUUGGUGGCCGAUCGACAAGAAGUAUUAUAAAGGUGUGAUUCAAUCUUACGAUGCAAAAAAGAAGAAACACGAGAUAUUGUACGAUGACGGAGAGGUGGAAGUACUUCAGUUAGGCCGUGAGCGCUGGGAACUUAUAUCUGAUGGUCAACACCCUAGAAAGCGGCUAAAGUCAUCAAAGAGUCCCCCUUCUAAAGGAAUGUCUGCACAGAAGAGGAAAAGAACACCGACUGAUUCUAAACUAAGUAUCAAAUCCGAGAAGAGAUCAUCAUCUUCUGGGGUGAGGCAAAAGAGAGCGCCAAAAAGAAGUGUGAAGCCCAAAAAGAUUAUAUUACCAGAAAGUAACAUCAGUGGUUCAGACUUCAGUGAUGCCGAGCGGAAAGAGAACUCUGACAUAACCCCAGAACCUGUUACAACAUCAAAAUUCAGUGAUACAAACUCAGGUGAUUCUGAUGAGAAACAAUCUGACACUGAAAAGUCUGACAAAGAAGAACACGCAGAUUCUGAAGAGAAUCAUUCACCUGAUGGAGAUAAGAGCCCAAUAGAUGAACAAAGAUCCGAUGAAGAGAGAACAGAUUCUGAAGACAAAAGUGUUGAAAAAACUCAAAAGAGCUCAACUGAAGUGGAGGAGACAGGCAAAGAAGUGAAAUCUGAUUCCGAAGUGGACAGUGUGGCACAUGAGACACAUAAAAGCUCCUCUGAAGCCAAGGAUUCUGACAAAGAAGAGAAAUCAGACUCUGAAAUGGAGGAGGUAGAAGAGACACAGAAGUCAACAGAAGCCAAGGAGCCUGGCAAACAAGAGGAAUCAAUUUCUGAAGGGACAGGGGUAGAGGGGUCUGUGAAGGGCCCAACAGAUGUCAAUAAAUUUGAUGAGGAGAAACCGGAACUUCAAAGUAGGAUGGAAGAAGACAGAGAGAAUAACCCAACAGAUGCAGAAGAUUCUGCUGAAGAGGUGAAGCCAGAAUCUCAAGAUAGUAUGGAAGAAGAUACAGAGAAGAACCCUACAGAUGCAGAAAAAUCUGAUGAAGAGGAGAGACCAGAAUCUCAAAAAUGUUUGGACAAAAAUAUAGAAGGCCCAACAGCUUCAGGACAAUCUGGUGAAGGGGAAAAGCCAGAUUCUUCCAAGUCCGACUGUGCAAGUUCUGGAGACUCGGACAACGUGCCUCUAAGUGUGUGGAAGCGCAAGGCAAGGUAAGCAGGCUAAAGCACCAUAUUUAUUCCUGAGUUAUCCAUGCGCCGCCGCCCUCGACUUUAUUUUGAGAUGGUGUUAUAUAUCUAAACACAUGCACAAAUAAUGGGUCUGUCAGGAACUCAGGAAACUAUGUAACAUAAUUGUUUACUCUCCUUGCGGGGUCUGUUCAUUCCUCUCAUCUGACUGAUUUUUCCACAUUAGGUUUCUUAUGUUUAGGUUAUAUGCUGGAUGUAAGCAUUUUUUGUAACUAGGGAGGGGAUUAUAUUUGAUUAGUCUUGUUUGUCUUUGGUUUUUGUGACUAUGGCCUCAACACUUCAACUGCCAAACUAAGAACACCAGAUAUGGGUAUGUUUGUAAAGCUUAUACUAUUUACAAUCUCCCCGGUUAAAUUGACAUAAGUCCACGUAUCAA